CCGCCACUCCGCUGCUUUCCGCCUCUGAGCCCAGAGCGCAGCAGCUCGGAGAGCGCAGCAGCUUCUGCACCGCUUUGACUUCGAUGACACAGGAGUGGAGGUUCUGGAGCCGCCGAUGAGCGCGUUUGAGGUGCUUCGUGCCGGUGACGAGAGGGGGAUCUAGUCUGUGGCAGCCAGGCGGAUAACAAAAUGAAAUUCCUGAUCUGUGUGCUGACUGUCUCCUGCGCGCUGAGGUCUACGCACGGAGGUGAAACGUCUGACGAACCGUGCGCAGGCCUGGACUGCAGCAGAGGGUGCAAGUGCUUCCCAGAGAAAGGCAGCAGGGGUCGUCCUGGGCAAAUGGGUGAGAUCGGACGUCCCGGACCGGAUGGGCCACGCGGGGGCCUAGGGCCUCAAGGGCCUAAAGGAGAGAAGGGCCAUAUCGGAGUUAAAGGUCCAUCUGGGGUCAAAGGAGACAAAGGACCAAUGGGAGUGCCGGGAUUUCGAGGAACUGAUGGAGUGCCUGGUCACCCGGGUCAGCAGGGCAGCAGGGGCCCGCCAGGGAAGGACGGCUGUAACGGGACCAUGGGGGACCCUGGCCUGCCCGGCUAUGGCACGGGCGCUCCAGGAUAUCCCGGGUUUCAAGGGCCACCGGGGCCAAAAGGUCAGAAAGGAGACCCCAUCUACAUCGGUGAGGGGACACCAGGUCCACCAGGACCCAGGGGCCCACCUGGUCUCAGAGGUCCAACCGGCCCGCCGGGUUUCCAAGGUCCAAGAGGAAUUAACGGAUUCCCCGGACCCCCAGGCCCUCCAGGGCCCCAAGGGCCAGAGGGCAGCCGUGGCGACAUUUAUCGAGGAGGGAAAGGAGACAAGGGCGAUGUGGGUCUUCCCGGACCCGGCGGUUCUCCCGGUGACCGGUCUCUAAGCGGCGAAAAAAUUGUCACUGCCUACAAAGGAGACAAGGGUGAUCCUGGCCCAAAGGGCAUAAAAGGAUACCCUGGAUCACCUGGACCACCUGGACCUUUCGGUUAUAGAGGUGAAGACGGGGAGCAGGGCAUUCUUGGAUACCCAGGACCAAGAGGUCCUACGGGUUUUGUCGGACCGCCUGGCCCUUCUGGACCGAAAGGGACAACGGGGGAACUGGGUUUCCCGGGACAACCAGGAUUCCUUGGACCCAAGGGAGACCAAGGUGACACUGGACUCCCAGGACCUCCAAGUUACAUCAAUGAUUAUGGCUCUUUUGUUCAAGGACCCCCAGGCGACCCGGGCUUUUCCGGCCCUCCGGGUAGCACCGGUGAUCAGGGACCUCCAGGAUUCAUCGGGCCUCCAGGACCGCCAGGCGCUUUCCGCAUUGGUCCUCCAGGAGCUCCGGGCUUUCCCGGUGGCGCCGGGCCAAAAGGAGACAAGGGAAACCCGGGCAUACCACUUCCCGGCCCUGAGGGUUUCCAAGGUCCCCCUGGACCUGAUGGUCCUCCUGGUCCCCCUGGUCCUCCAGGUCCUCGAGACAGCUCAGGCCGGCCCAGGGACCCCUGUGAUAUCUAUCCUCCUGACAGGCCCACAGACGCCCCCACAAGAGGCCGUCCUGGAAUCCCAGGGCCGCCUGGCCAGAGAGGAUUUCCAGGAGACUCGGGAGUUAAAGGCUUUAGAGGUGACUUUGGUGACUGUAACUGUGGAGGAGGAGGAGGGAGAGGCCUGCCCGGGUUACCUGGACCUCAAGGACCAAGAGGAAGCUUCGGCUUCCAAGGGCGUAAAGGUGAACCCGGUAACCUGGGUACUCCUGGUUUCAACGGCAAUCCGGGGGCCCCUGGUCGUGUGGGUGAGAGGGGAUUCAACGGGCGUAAAGGACAGAAGGGGGAAUCGUCCUUCCGCAGUUUCGGGGUGAAGGGAGAUCGAGGGGCACCUGGACCCAGAGGACCUACAGGUGAAACAGGAAACCCUGGCCGUGACGGUCUGCCGGGCUUCUCUGGACCCCCGGGACCGCCGGGUGAUGGUGGUGUUGGCACAAUCGGUGAGAAGGGUUUCCCAGGAUUUCCUGGAGCCAAAGGUCGACGCGGUGCCCCUGGUGAUCCUGGAUUCGGCUACCCCGGCCUACCGGGCCUUCAAGGUGAUAAAGGAGAGCCUGGGAUCCCUGGGUUUCCUGGACAGCCAGGUCCACCAGGCCCGAGAGGUGACAACAGCUGUGGAGGGGUUAUUGGCGCCGGAGAGGGAACGGGUGAUAGGCAACCUUGCAUCAUAUAUGGUGAACCUGGAGACAAAGGUUAUCCUGGCGGGCCUGGACGGCCAGGCCCCGCAGGUCAGCCAGGCUUCCCGGGAUCCCCUGGAGGUCGAGGGUUUGAUGGCCCCAAGGGAGAGAAGGGAGAUCCUGGUUUUGGAGGCCAACCAGGACCACAAGGUUUUCCUGGACCCAGAGGAGAUCCCGGAGUUCCAGGUACUCCGGGAGUUGGCUACGACGGGCCCAGGGGGAAAGACGGCCUUCCAGGACUGCCCGGACCCAAAGGCCCGCCUGGAGAAGUCCUGGGAGUAAGACCUGGAGCUCCAGGACUGGAUGGCGUACCUGGUCCAACCGGAGACAAGGGCCUGCCAGGGAGUCCAGGAACACCCGGAUCACCCGGCUUCGAUGGACGGCCUGGUGUUUCCGGUCUGAAGGGGGAGCGUGGAGUGGAUGGCCGGCCGGGUUUUCCGGGUCUUCCCGGACUUCCAGGUGGAGCAACCAAUCCUAUCCCCGGUCCACCCGGAUUUCCCGGCAGCAAAGGACUCAUCGGACCACCAGGCUGCCCAGGUUACCGCGGCCGGAAAGGUGAACCGGGAGAUCGAGGAUUCCCGGGCCCCGCUGGAAUGAAGGGAACCCCGGGACUCCCUGGUGUCAACGGAGGAACAGGUCCGAGGGGACCCCCUGGACUGCCAGGCCCGGGAACCAUUCCUGGAAGACCCGGAGCGCCGGGAAGAAAGGGUGAAAGAGGACUCCCGGGACUGAUAGGUUUCCCCGGACUACCGGGUCGUCCCGGGAGUCCGGGAUUUCCCGGCGGGAAAGGGUUUCCCGGAGACCGUGGGAGAGAUGGGUUUCCUGGCGGUCCUGGACGGUUUGGACCGAAAGGUGACCAAGGAAACCCCGGCCCCCCGGGCCUUCCAGGCCCUGUUCCUUUUGUGCAGAAAGGCCCACCAGGGGCCGCCGGAGCCCCGGGCUUUCAGGGCUUUACUGGACCUAGAGGUGACAAGGGUCUCCCAGGCCUGCCUGGGCGUCCGGGUUCUCCGGGACGUCCCGGCUUCCCCAUGGACAGCAAAGGCCAGGCCGGACAGCUGGGUUUCCCCGGGCAGCCCGGCCCACAGGGUUUCCCUGGAAGAAAGGGGGAAGGAGGAAUCAUGGGAUUCCCGGGCAUGACUGGACCGAGGGGUGAAGACGGCUCACCGGGAUUCCCUGGAAGUCCUGGAGAAUUCGGUCGAAACGGAGGAAAAGGUCCACCUGGAGAGACGUUUGCCUAUCCUGGAGGACCGGGAGUGAAAGGCCAGCCGGGAAAUCCAGGUUUUCCGGGCCCUCGAGGCCUCGACGGUUCCCUUGGCGACAGCGGCUUUCUGGGACUGCGUGGCUCCGAUGGACAAAAGGGCAUUUCCGGUGACACGGGGCGUCCCGGAACGAUGGGUCCACCUGGGUUCCCGGGGCCGCAGGGUCAGCCCGGAUUCCCUGGGAGACAAGGACCGGACGGGUCCCCGGGACUGCCCGGAGGUCCAGGUGGCCUCGGUUUUAAAGGUUUGUCUGGAGCGCCGGGGCUGGAUGGACUCAAUGGCCUCGCCGGUCCGAAAGGCCCGCCUGGAAUCCCAGGUACAACGAUAGGAGGAAACCCAGGCCUCCGCGGUGCGCAGGGGCAGAAAGGAGAGAGAGGUGUUUCCUUCCCUGGACGACGAGGCUUCCCUGGAUCAAAAGGACAGAGAGGAGAUUCGGGAGCUUUUGGAGCGCCAGGGUUCCCUGGACGACCCGGACCUCCUGGUCCGAGUACUUCAGGAAACUUCCCGGGGCCUGUGGGAGACCCCGGACUUCCUGGAUUGGAUGGAGAAUACGGUUUCCAGGGCCCUCCCGGUCCUCCUGGGCCACCGGGUCCCGGCACAGCACAGGGAGACACGGGAGACCCAGGGCUCCCAGGAUUCCCUGGAACCCCUGGCCCGAAGGGAGAAACAGGAAGUCCCGGAGGUCCCGGAUUCCCCGGAUUCCCUGGCUUAAAAGGAGCUCCGGGUGACAACGGACGGGGCGGUGCUUCGGGUGCGAAAGGAUUGCCCGGAGAGCCCGGAUUCUUUGGAUUCAAAGGGCGUCGAGGAUCACCGGGGCGACCUGGGCGUAAGGGUCCUCCAGGAGCCCCACUGCCUUACAUACCGCGACCUGCACCUGUUGGAGACCCUGGUGUCCCCGGCUACAACGGACCACCCGGUGGUCCCGGAGAGCCCGGCCAGCCUGGUUUCAGCGGACGGCCAGGUCUAAAGGGUCGUCCAGGCGCUGGGGGUGAGCUCGGCAGGACCGGAUCGCCCGGUUUUUCUGGGCAGGUUGGGGAUUCGGGCAUCCCUGGUUUCCCAGGGAUCACUGGAGAUCAAGGUUUUCCCGGAGCCAUCGGUCGUCCCGGUAUUCCCGGCGGCGUCGGCCGCAGCGUCAGCGUCGGCUACACUCUGGUGAAGCACAGCCAGACCACCGAUGUUCCCAUGUGUCCCCAAGGCAUGGCCCAACUGUGGGUAGGAUACAGCCUGCUGUACGUGGAGGGACAAGAGAAGGCACACAACCAAGACCUUGGUCAGCCGGGCUCGUGCCUCCCCAGGUUCAACACCAUCCCCUUCCUCUACUGCAACCCGUCUGAGACCUGCUACUACGCGAGCCGCAACGACAAAUCCUUCUGGCUCUCCACGACCGCGCCCAUCCCCAUGAUGCCUGUGGCCGAGGAACAGAUUCGGCCUUACAUCAGCAGGUGUUCGGUGUGCGAGGCGCCGUCUCAGGCGGUGGCGGUCCACAGUCAGGACCUAUCCAUCCCUACCUGCCCACUCGGCUGGAGGAGUCUUUGGAUCGGAUAUUCCUUCCUCAUGCACACAGCAGCCGGCGCUGAGGGCGGCGGUCAGUCCCUGAUGUCUCCCGGCUCUUGCCUGGAAGACUUCCGCUCUACCCCGUUCAUCGAGUGCAACGGCGCCAGGGGCACCUGCCACUACUUCGCCAACAAGUACAGCUUCUGGCUGACCACAGUUGACCCCCGGCUGGAGUUCGGCGCGCCGACAGAGCAGGAGACCCUGAAGGGCGGUCAGGAACGCUCCAGGGUCAGCCGCUGCCAAGUCUGCAGCAAGAUCUUGUAGCUGUCGACCAGAGCAGAGCGGGUGGGAGAAAACGCCAGGACUAGCACUUGAUGGAGAGCAAGAACAUGUGACUGAUUUGAAAGGAAGAAGCUGUCUUUUCCAUUUUAUCCCCUUUAGGAGCCGUAGGCUCAUCGACGAAAGACGCCGGAGGGCGGAUGUGGAUAGAGAAGAGCCGCGGAGGGAUUUCUCCCCUCUGGAUUUACACUGACAAUGGUGCUAUUGUUGAUGUUUGUGUUUAUCUUUUGUCUGAAUUCACGGUACUUGGCUAGAAUCAGUCUCUGCUACCUCGAAGAGAGCCACCUCGUUAGCUAGCUGUGCACACACUCGCGGAGGGACGAACCCUUCACACGUCUCAGCUCAGACGCAUGGCAUUGCUGUAAUUUGUAGGUGCGGUAGCGAAUAGUUUACUCUCUCCCCCCAACUGUCAGUUUGUGCCCCAUUCAUAGCUAUCAGGAAGACGUGACCCACAGAAACAUGCUGGUGAGCUAGCCAAAUACACUGCUAAAAUGUUAGCUGGUGAGAUUUGUUUGGGAGUGUGGAUGUUCAAUAUUAGAAGACUCCAGACUUAUUUUUAUAUUAAUUCAUGUUCAACCAAGGUUUUUUUUUUUCACUUUGUAAAAUUUUUAACUUUUAGUUUUUGUUUAAUUUGAUUUGCAAUAUGACGAAAAAUGUCAAAAUAGGUGAUUUUUAAGGCUGGAAAGCCCUAAAUAGAAGAUCCACAUUUAACAGUUAUCACCAUCGGAUCUUCAAAUUCGUCGUAAUUUUCUGCUUGAGGUAGAUUUUAUAGAAGUACAACUAAUGCUCUGUGCAUUAGAGAACUCACUAAAGCACUGAAAACUCACAUGCUAACAUGCUAUUGUGUUACCUUGCUAACAUGAUAAAGCAUUUUAGCUAAAGCCAUAGGAAUUUGAAUUGUAUUAUAAAAUGCAUUAUAAAAUGAGUAAAAUCCAGACUGAAAUUUGAUCAAAAUUUCCCUUUUGAGCUAAUUUCUUCCCUUUUUGUACAGAGAAACAAUCAAUAGCAUAUCAGUUUCUUUUUGAAUGUACUUAAACAUACUCAUGAAUUUUAAUAUAAAUAAUCCAAAAGAAAUACUCAAAUAUUUUGUGUAAUUUAAUUAUUUUUUCUGAGGUCUUAAUAUUUCACCCUAUUUCCAUUUGUUUAGGUUUCUGUUCCCAUCUGAACCAGCUGACCUACUUACAAAUUAUGAGAUUUGGACUCCUGAUCAAACCAAAGUAUCUCUGCUGGAGGGUUCUAUUUAUGAGUCAUUUUGUAUUCAAAACAAGCUGUAAUUACAAAGGCACAAAAUACAGAAUAUAUCAGUCAGUCCACAUAACAUUUUUAAAGAGAUCACAAUCAAUUUUUUGGUGUCAACUUGUGUUGAGCACAGUUGUUGUUUGAUAAAUGAGCUGAAAUGUUCAAGAUCGCUCCGUUCAAAAUGGUUUUGGUGAAAGAAAUAGGCUUAAAGAAACACCAUGAAGUGCGAGUUAUUUUCUUAAUUGAAACAAACGCAAAUCAGCACUUUUUUCCCUCUCAGUGGCACAAACAGAGAGUCCGAAACAGUUUGAGAUCAGAACCAACGACUGACGGUGCACUGAUGUGAAUUCAGACGGGUCACAAGCCGAGCAAAGUGGGUCAAUCUCAGCUUUUCAUUGUGUUGUGAGCAAGCCGUUGCUUUUAUGAAGCGUCUUCGGUGUUAGGUUUUUGAUACACGCAUCGCUGCUCUUUGUCUUCCAGCAGCAUUUCCAGAAACAAAUAGGUUUUAAACUCUAUUAACUCUUGUUUUUUUUUUCUUUGUUUCCGUGCUGUUUUUUCAUAUUAAAAAUAAGGAGAAAAUGUCAAAUGUUCUGCUCACGUAACCGCUAUGACCACUGCAUCUAGAAUGCGUCUCGUCUGGUAGCUCUGACCUUUAUUGUGCGGUUUCCAUUAGCAUUUGGUACUUUUGUAAUCUAGAUUGUAAUUAUUUUGUACCUGUGUCAUAAUACAACCACCUGGUGUUAUUCACUGACUAUGGAGGUGAUGAGAAUAUGAUGUUCUGUACAUUAAAGUUUAUGAAAAAAAAUG